AUGGUGUGCAAACACGAUGAACGUAAACCAGCAUCGAUGGCCACUGGCCGAUAUCAACCAUAUAAUCGACAGCAGCUCGAACGUAUAAACAUUUUUCAACUAGCUGAUGACCGACAAACAACUGUUGGCAAUACAGCGAAUAAAAAAAAUACAAUGUGUUCUAAUAAUCCUCAAAUCAUGGUCUUCAGACCAUCUUUGAGUGAAUUUCAACAUUUUAGUCGGUAUAUUGAGCUAAUGGAAUCAAAAGGAGCUCAUAAGGCUGGUGUUGCGAAAAUUAUCCCACCAUCCGAAUGGACACCCCGAAUAAAGAGCUACGAUGAAGAUGAUAUAAUGAGUUUAAAAAUUCCAAUUCCAAUAUACCAAGAUGUUCAGGGCAAUGAAGGAAUAUAUCAACAAUUUAGACGUGAAAAGAAAACCAUGACCGUCAGGCAAUUUAAAAACCUGGCAGAGUCAGAACAAUACAAAACUCCAGAACAUACUGACUAUAAAGACCUGGAAAGAAUAUAUUGGGAGAACAUUGUUUGCCACACCCCAAUAUAUGGGGCCGAUGUAACUGGGUCAGUUACUGGCAAAGAUGUGAAAGCUUGGAAUAUGAAUAGGCUGGACACAAUACUGGACGUUAUGAACGAUACGACCAUCGAAGGUGUCAAUACACCUUAUUUAUAUUUCGGCAUGUGGAAAUCCACAUUUGCGUGGCAUACUGAAGACAUGGAUUUAUACAGUCUCAACUAUGUGCAUGUUGGAUAUCCAAAGACAUGGUAUGCAAUACCUCCAGAAUAUGGAGAAAUAUUUGAAAAAUUGCUUGAUCAGAUUUAUCCGGCUGAAACAUCAAGGUGCCAAGCAUAUGUUCGGCACAAAACGAUUGUUUUAUCACCUGACUUUUUAAAAAAGCAUUCUAUACCAUUCAAUACAAUCACACAAGAACCAGGGGAAUUCAUGGUUACUUUCCCUUUUGGUUACCAUGCCGGUUUCAACCAGGGUUAUAACAUCGCUGAAGCAAUAAACUUUGCUACACCACGUUGGGUGGAGUAUGGAAAAAAAACGACAUAUUGCCAAUGCUUCGGAGAUCCCAUUAAAUUCAACAUGGAUAUAUUUAUACGACGUAUACAACCAGAUAAGUACCCGUUAUGGCUGAAAAGAAAUAAUAUUGGUCCUCAUCUAGAAGAUCAUGAUAAAUGCGAUGGUCCAGGAGAAAGAAUUGUCAAGAAAAGAAAAUGUAGGUUAAAUGAGAAUCAUAAUGAUAAAAUUUUAAAACUAGUCCUAUAUCGGAUACACCCAUAUAAAAUUGUUAAUGAUUUAGACUAA